ACUGCACCCGUGUUGUUGUUUUUUUUGUUUUUUUUACGUUAGCCUUAGCAGAGAGAGUAGUUGUUUUUAAAAAACACCCUGACAUAUAAAGUAGUGUUCUGAAACUACCUUUAGUUAGUUAUGUCUUCGUAUUAAUCGAUUUUUUUCUGUUCAACUUGUUACAGACUUUAAAGAAAUUAAGCUCUGACAGACUCUUUUGUUGACGUUGUUGUAACUCGCGUUAAAAACCUUCAAUGGAGGAGGACUCGUCUUCUUCUUCUUCUUCUUCUUCUUCGACGGCAGGUCUUUCCAGCGUGUCUUUCCUUGCGCGUACAUUAGAGCGCUUAACAUCUACAAAGUGUCUGAAAACACAGAGAGGAGGAGGAGAAGCUGCCGUCGCUGUGGUUUCUCUUCAGAGGUAUCUCUCCGAGCACACCGAGCCCGACUCCUACAGCUACGACGUGACGGUCACUGACGGCGUGUGGAGAGCCAAAUGCACUCUUCACCCAAGUUUAAACCACCUGGUGCACACAAACAUCCUGAAGACCGGGAGUGAUAUCAGCAUCACACAGUGCUCCUUUGUGUACGACGAGAGGAGAUUGGGACACGGUUAUAUUCGUGUUGAACAGCUCAGGUGUGGCGCGGAGAGGUCUGCUGUCCUGCCUCGUGUGAAGGACGUCGGUGCGCUGCCGAUGCUGGUCAAACACGGCAUGGAGAGGAGCGUGGAGCUGUUUAGUGACGUUCCCUUGAAGGUGAGCCGCAAACACUACCUGUCUCUGUGGAACAACGAUGACCCGGAGGGAGACAUGUGGACUUCAGCGGCUCCCUCAUCUGACACAGUGCUGGACGUGUCCAAGAUUACUCUUCUUGGUAGCCUGGAGUCGUCCUUUAGAAACAACUGGAAACCUCUUCCUCUUCUUGUGAAGAUAAUACACAAAGCCAGAUUACGAUAUUAUGGGAAGUUUGGCUUGAAGAUUGAUUACCCCUACCAGGCUUACUUUGAAGUUGCUGACCAGAGUGGGACCAUGUCUCUUGUGCUUUGGAAUGAACUCUGUCCAGAGUUUUACCAGAGACUGAAUGUAGGCACAGUUUUAUACCUCCAGAAUUACACCUUGAAGCAGAGUUAUUCAAAGCGAUCACACCCGCAAAUGGACCAUCAUAGACUGAAGACCUUUAACUCUGUAGAAAUCGGUCUGAACCCGCGAAACCCAGUUUCAGUCAUCACAGUGGUCUCACCAAAGAGUGUACUGCCUCAGUGGGGCCUACCUGAAGUUUCCUACCAGUUCACCACCAGGUCAGAGUUGGAAAAAUUGUCCAACAAUUCGGCGUGUGAUGUCAUUUGUUUGGUUACAUUUGUUGGUCGUGUUGAAAGAGUCAAGAGUAAAUGCAACAAGGGUCCAGAAAAAUACUGGACAUAUCGCUGGAUUCAUGCAGUGGAUGGAACAUCUGAGCAGCCGUUCAUCCUGGAGGUGUUCUCCUCUUCUCAGCCAGAAGUCUUUAGUCGAAUAUGUCCCAUGACGUACCUGGUGUGCACUCAGAUGAGGGUUUGUCAAGUGGAGGGCUCUUCACCGUACCUCACAAGCAGCUGUGAGACAGAGACAUUCAUCACAGGCCACCACAAAGGUCAGCCAUACGUGAGUGACCCUAAAGUGAAGAGCUUCAUCCAGUGGACCAAAACGCUGAAGGACAACAUGGUCCUCCAGAAGACAGCUGUGGGUGGUUAUUACUGCUACCCUCGUCCCCCACAGGUGUAUACCCAGUCAAUGGUAGAUACCCCAGCUCAAGCUCCCCUGGUUGCUGUGGCUGACUUGAAGAAGGAGUUGGAGACCCUGCACUACAGGGAACACAAAAAACUAGCGAUUCAAGGACAGAUCACAGCAGUACGAUACAGAAAGUGCCCAAAGACCACAGAGUCUGAAGGAACAGAAGAGGAGGAGGGGCCGGUUGUUUCUGCUGACGUGUGUGAACCUGCAGAGUCCACAGCUGAGCAGACUUUGGUGUCCAGUUUAACAUCUUCACCUGCUGAGAAAAUCUCCGCUAACAGCAGGAAAAGAAGAAAUAAGACAAGAGGAGCCAAGCUGUUCUCCUCGUGUCUUGGUGAAAGGAAAGCAAAAAGGAGGCCUGGUCUUAGACACACUGGGGGAAAACAAGGGCAGGAAGAAGAAGAAGACAGUGACUCUGAUCCUGAGCAAUUCCAGGAUUUGGAAACUCCCCUCCAACUCCCAAAUCAAGAUCAAGUACUAGACUCUGAUGCGUUAUCUUGGGAAAGCAGCAGCUGGCCAAAACAACGUCAAGAAGUGUCAGAACAUUUGAAUCAAGGCGGUCUGUACAAGGAAAGCAUCUCUCAGAGGUUCACGUUUGACGACAAGGACAUGCUCCUGCAGCAGAGUAACCUUCAGCCGACAAGGUGGACACCUGAGAACACCGCUGACACCUUCCCACCUGUUGCUUGUCCAGGAUACUACCAAGUCACUAUAUUAGGCAUAAACAAGCACAUAGCCGUCGAUGCUGCUUUUUUUCCUAUCGUAAGCUCAGAUGAGCCGCGAGCAGUCGGCCUCCCUCAGGAUCCCCAUGGCAACACGAUGCUGUCGUGCCUUUCAUCUGGCUUCUUCUGUCCUCUCAGUGACGUUGCAAACCACAGUGAAGUAACACAUCCUGAGCCGGAGGAGGUGCUGGUGACAGCCAGUGAGCUGGAGGAGACACAUGUCGUAUGUAUCUUGGACCUUUGUCAUCUGGGUGGAGACCAGGUUGAAGUCCUGAUCAGCCGGGUGCACAGAGUGACGGAAGUUUGUCUUGAUUAGGACGUGUGGAACAGCAAGAGUUCAGCUCUGUGAGAGAAUUUUGUAAAUAUUACAAUUGCUCAUAAAUCAUGUACUGGAAAUGUCAUUUUAUAUAAAGAGCAAAUAAUACUGGAGAACUUGUAAAGACCAAACGUUUAUAAUUGUAAAUAAUUUGAUUAAUGUUUUCAAAAUGUAACAUGAUGCUGAGAAUAAAAUGUCUUAAUCAUGAAA